CUACUGUAUGUUUGCUUAUUUGCGAGUAUGAUAUGCUAUUGCCUUUCAGUAUGUGUGUGCACUGUCCCUGGUUGUCCACUGUGUUUCUUAACCCUUUGCUGUCCAUACAUGGUUCGAGAGGAUCAGUAUCAUGGUGAUUCUGCUCAACUGUGUCACCCUGGGGAUGUACCAGCCCUGUGAGAACAUCGACUGCACUUCAGACCGCUGCCAGAUACUACAGGCGUUUGAUGCGUUCAUCUACAUCUUCUUUGCGUUGGAGAUGGUGGUGAAGAUGGUGGCGCUGGGAAUCUUCGGGAGACGCUGUUACCUUGGCGACACCUGGAACAGACUAGACUUCUUCAUCGUCAUGUCUGGGAUGGUGGAGUACUCAUUGGACCUGCAGAACAUCAACCUCUCAGCCAUCAGGACAGUCAGGGUCCUCAGACCCCUCAAAGCCAUCAACAGAGUACCCAGUAUGCGUAUCCUGGUGAAUCUCCUCCUGGACACUCUGCCCAUGCUGGGAAACGUCCUCCUGCUUUGUUUCUUCGUCUUCUUCAUCUUCGGCAUCAUCGGAGUGCAGCUUUGGGCGGGAUUACUGAGGAACCGAUGCUACCUCGAGAAAAACUUCACCCUUUCGUCAGGUCUGACCCUGCCCGCCCCGUACUACCAGCCGGAGGAGGAUGACGAGCGCCCCUUCAUCUGCUCUCUGGCUCAGGAUAACGGGAUCAUGUCGUGUGGUGACGUCCCGGCCCGGAGGGAGGGGGGAAGGACCUGCUGUCUGGACAGGGAGGAUGCCUACCACCGCCAGUCCCUGGGGCUCAUCCCUGAACCACUAGUCAACGGUUCAGCCAGUGCAGUGGGUCUCUGUAUCAACUGGAACCAGUACUAUACUAGAUGCCAUACUGGACAUAGUAAUCCACACAAGGGGGCGAUCAACUUCGAUAACAUCGUAUACGCCUGGAUUGUUAUCUUCCAGGUGAUCACCCUGGAAGGCUGGGUAGAGAUCAUGUACUAUGUAAUGGAUGCUCACUCCUUCUACAACUUCAUCUACUUCAUCUUCCUCAUCAUCAUUGGCUCGUUCUUCAUGAUCAACCUGUGUCUGGUGGUCAUCGCCACCCAGUUCAGUGAGACCAAGCAGCGGGAGCACCAGCUGAUGCAGGAGCAGCGGGCCCAGUGCCUGUCCUCCUCUACCCUGGCCAGCCUGCAUGAACCGGGGGACUGCUACGAAGAGCUCUUCCAGCUGGUCUGCCACAUGCUGCGCAAGGCCCGCAGGAGAUCUGUAGCCCUGUAUAACCAACUGAGGGGAAGGCCUCUGCCACCACCGCCCACUAGAGGGAGAGGAAGAGGAGGAGGAAGAGGAGGAAGGGAAGGAGGAGGGAGUGCGAACGGAGGGGAACGGCAUCACCUGAGGCAGCCACGACAAUUUCAAUGUCCUCACCAAAGCAAGCUGGACCCAAUCCACAGCUCCCAACCCCUGGGCAACUCCAUCGCCCUGGCCGUCCCUCAGAACACAGAGGACUGCCCUCAGUGCGCUGCGGCACUGUCACUCAGGGAAGGGGCGGGAGCUGUGGGCGACUCGGCCAAUGGGGAAGAGGAGGAGGGGACCGUGGAGGAGACGGACAGGGAGGAGAACCACUUAGAGGAGAAAGCGGAAGAGGGGGAGGGAGUGAAGAGGAAGAGGAGGUCAUGUUUUGGACACUGUAAGGACAUGUGGGAUGAGAUGAGGAAGAAACUUUGGGGCAUCGUGGAGAGCAAAUACUUCAAUAGAGGAAUUAUGAUCGCUAUUCUCAUCAAUACUAUCAGCAUGGGGAUAGAACACCACAACCAGCCGGAGGAGCUGACUAACGUGUUGGAGAUCAGUAACAUUGUGUUCACCAGUAUGUUCACCCUGGAAAUGAUCCUCAAGCUGACCGCCUUUGGCUUCUUCGCCUACCUGAGGAACCCCUACAACAUCUUCGACGGCAUCAUCGUCAUCAUCAGUGUGUGUGAGAUCAUAGGUCAGUCUGAUGGAGGUCUGUCUGUCCUGAGGACCUUCAGACUGUUGAGGGUGAUCAAGCUGGUGCGCUUCAUGCCAGCACUACGCAGACAGCUGGUGGUGCUGAUGAAGACCAUGGACAACGUGGCCACCUUCUGCAUGCUCCUCAUGCUCUUCAUAUUCAUCUUCAGUAUCCUGGGGAUGCAUAUCUUUGGCUGUAAGUUCAGUCUGAAGACAGAGACUGGAGACACUGUUCCUGACAGGAAGAACUUUGACUCUCUACUGUGGGCCAUUGUCACUGUGUUUCAGAUUCUGACUCAGGAAGACUGGAACAUGGUGCUGUAUAAUGGAAUGGCCUCCACCUCUCCCUGUGCUGCUCUCUACUUUGUGGCUCUAAUGACCUUUGGCAACUACGUCCUCUUCAACCUGCUGGUGGCCAUCUUGGUAGAGGGCUUUCAGGCUGAGGGGGAUGCCAACCGGUCGUACUCCGAAGACGACAGGUCCUCAUGUAACUUUGACGAGAACUCUGACAAGCUGAAGGACUCUCUUCAUCUCUCUGACCCUAAGAUCUGCACCCUAACCCCCAACGGUCACCUGGACCUGUCCCCAACGCCCACGGGUCUGUACACGGCCGACAGGCUCACUUUCGCUCUGGGCUCACGCAAAAACAGUGUCAUCUCUCUGGGCAGGGCUAACCUGGAGGGCAGGACUAACCUGGAGGGCAGGGCUCUGUGUCGGGGGAGCAGCUCCCUGUACCACAACUGGGGCCGCCCUGCCUCCCAGACCCAGGCAAUGCGGGGCCGGCGGUCCAGCUGGAACAGCCUGGGUCGCCCCUCCCGAGCCUUGGGCCUGGGAUUGGGGGUAGGAGGAGGGGGUAGCCUGCGCUCCCGUAGCCCCCACGCCACCCACCCAGCCGAGCAGGAGUCCCUCCUCUCCCCCCCUCACCCUCCUCCGCACCUCGCCCACCCUUCUCCCCUCCUGGCCCUAAACUUUGUCCCGCGGCGGGACCGCCGGGCACUUUCCUUGGAGCUGCCGGAGCUCCUCCAGGUCCCAGGGACGCCCCUGGCAUCAAUGCUGCCUUACCCCAGGAAGAAGAGCUUCUCCAGUGGGUUGGUUGGUGGAGGGGCUGGGGGGGAGCACCAGGAUUGCAAUGGGAAGGCCCCAUCGGCCCAGCUCCAGCUUCAACUUCAGCUGCCGCCACAUCCCCAUCCCCAUCCACAGCUACUGACAGAGGUGUUCCCUCAGGUCAACACACGCAAGGACAGAGAGGACCUGGACGAUGACAUCGACUAUAGUCUGUGUUUCCGUAUCCAGAAGAUGAUGGAGGUGUACAGGCCAGAGUGGUGUGAGACCAGAGAGGACUGGUCUGUCUUCCUCUUCUCUCCUCAGAACAGGUUCAGGCGGGUAUGCCAGUCCAUCAUAGCCUACAAGAUGUUUGACUAUGUGGUGCUAGCGUUCAUCUUCUCCAACUGCAUCACCGUGGCUCUGGAGAGACCCAAGAUCAUGCAGGGCAGCCUGGAAAGAGUCUUCCUAACCAUCUCCAACUACGUCUUCACAGCCAUCUUUGUAGCAGAGAUGACGCUCAAGGUGGUGUCUAUGGGCCUGUAUAUAGGGGAACAGGCAUAUCUGAAAAGCAGCUGGAACGUGUUGGACGGCUUCCUGGUCUUUGUGUCGUUGAUUGACAUUGUGGUGUCAAUGGCGGGCGGGGCUAAGAUUCUGGGGGUGCUGAGGGUUCUCCGAUUACUCCGCACACUGCGCCCCCUCAGGGUGAUCAGUCGAGCCCCAGGUCUGAAGCUGGUAGUGGAGACUCUAAUAACAUCUCUGAAACCUAUAGGAAACAUUGUCCUUAUCUGCUGUGCUUUCUUCAUCAUAUUUGGUAUCCUGGGGGUGCAGCUGUUCAAAGGGAAGUUCUUCUACUGCUUUGGCCCCGACGUCAAGAACAUCACCAACAAGUCUGACUGUCUGCAGGCCAACUACAAAUGGGUCCAUCACAAGUACAACUUUGACAACCUGGGACAGGCUCUGAUGUCCCUGUUUGUGCUGGCUUCGAAGGACGGCUGGGUCAACAUCAUGUACCAUGGCCUGGAUGCUGUAGGGGUGGACCAACAGCCAGUGAUCAACAACAGUCCGUGGAUGCUCCUCUACUUCAUCUCCUUCCUCCUCAUUGUCAGUUUCUUCGUUCUCAACAUGUUUGUGGGCGUGGUGGUGGAGAACUUCCACAAGUGCCGUCAGAACCAGGAAGUGGAAGAGGCUAAAAGGAGAGAGGAUAAACGACGGAGACGCAUGGAGAAGAAGAGGCGGGACGCCCAGAAGAUCCCCUACUAUGCCAGCUACAGCCCCCUCCGCCUGUGGAUCCACACUCUGUGUACCACCUACUACCUGGACCUCUUCAUCACCUUCAUCAUCUGUAUCAACGUCAUCACCAUGUCACUGGAACACUACAGCCAGCCACGAUCUCUGGAUCUAGUGUUGAAGUACUGUAACUAUUUCUUCACAUCCACCUUUGUACUGGAGACCCUCCUGAAGCUCACCGCCUUUGGCUUCCGACGCUUCUUUAAAGACAGGUGGAACCAGUUGGAUCUGGCCAUCGUGUUGCUGUCAGUGAUGGGCAUCACUCUGGAGGAGAUUGACUACAGCGCUUCUCUCCCCAUCAACCCUACCAUCAUACGCAUCAUGAGGGUGUUGAGGAUCGCACGAGUUCUGAAGCUGCUGAAGAUGGCUAAAGGAAUGAGAGCUCUGCUGGAUACGGUGGUCCAAGCCCUACCACAGGUGGGGAACCUGGGCCUGCUCUUCAUGCUCCUGUUCUUCAUCUAUGCAGCACUGGGGGUUGAGCUGUUUGGAGAACUGGUGUGUAACGAGGACUACCCAUGUGAGGGGAUGAGCCGCCAUGCUACCUUUGAGAACUUUGGCAUGGCCUUCCUCACUCUGUUCCAGGUCUCCACUGGGGACAACUGGAAUGGGAUCAUGAAGGACACGCUGAGGGAGUGCCCUCCGGACUACGGGCCUGACUACUCCUGCAACCCCAGCCUGCAGUUCAUCUCUCCCAUGUACUUUGUGUCCUUUGUGUUGACGGCCCAGUUCGUCCUGAUCAACGUGGUGGUGGCGGUGUUGAUGAAGCACCUGGACGACUCCAACAAGGAGGCCAAGGAAGAGGCGGAGAUGGACGCUGAGAUUGAGCUGGAGCUGGCCACGGGGGGCCCUAUGCUGCAUGGGGCCGGAGGGAGUCUGUGCAGGAGGGAAGAAAGGUGGAGCAGCAGGGGGAGGUGGAGGGGGAGGUGGGAGAGUUGGAGGAGGAGUGGAGAGAGGGAUGGGAGUCCCAGGCAGUUCCUCCGGGGGGAAUAUGCAUCAUCACGUGGCAACGACGCAUCCAGGAACACUGCAAGAUCUGAACAAUCGUGAUCCCUACUCUCCUGCACAGGAGAGUCAGUGGCUGGACAGUGUGUCUCUGCUGAUUAAGGAUUCAUUUGAAGGAGAGAUGCUGAUGAUUGACAACCUCUCUGGAUCUGUCUUCCAUCACUACUCCUCUACCUCUCCUCCUGUCUGGAAGGACUGUAAGAGCCACCCACAACUAGAGUGGCAAUUUACUGCUGUAUAUGAGCCGUGAAUCUCUCUUUCUGAACCUCUUUGUCUCACUCACCCACAGGCACAUGUUCAUAUAACGGCCCCCUCCCUCACUCCAUUGGAUUUCAAUUGUCUGGUUUAUGUGUCCAUUCUCUCUCUCAGUUCUAGAUAACUUUCUCUCUCUCCUUCACUUUCCCUUUCCCCCUUUUUUUCUCCAUCACUCCUUCCACCUCCGUC